AUGAUCCGACUUGGUUCAUUAGCUAGUGGAAUUAAUCUGUCAAGAUCUAAUUCACAUUUAAACAAAUUCAACAACGCCAGUGCUUAUAUUACAGAAAACAAAUUUUGCAAAUUACUUUCAAAUGCAUCGAAUGUUUUGAAACAACAAGCGAAAUCAUGUAAAUCCUAUGAGACUGCAUCAACAGCACGUACACCUUUAACUUGUUGUAUUGAUCAUGGCUACUUAUCUGAUACACAGUACAAAUCUAAUUUUAACUAUAAUCAUUCAAUAUGUCCACUGGAUCAUGAUUUAAUUUAUGAAACACGAAUUGGUGGAUCAUGGAUUUCAGCUUCAGGAUCGUUUACAUCGUCGUUGGACGCUGAAAGCAGUAAUAAAAGUAUUCGUAGUUCUGGAAAAUUAACUUCUCCUAGUACUAACGUCAUUCAUAAUGAUUAUCCUCUUAGAUCAUUGCAACAGAUAACAACCGAUAGACUACAUGAUUCAAAAUGUCUUCCGCAUUUCUGUUUAGAACAAUGGAAAAAAUUGUUUGAAAUCGAUGAUGUGAGCAAAAAGUGUAUAUAUCAUGGUGAUUUACAAUUAAUUUAUAAAUCGAAACUUGAUUUACUUAAACAAUAUAAUAAUGUUUUAUCGAAUAGAAUACAUACAAAGAAAAUUGAUCAUUCAACAGUAAAUAGCACUAAUGAAACAUUGAAAAAUGAACAUGGUAAUUUAAACAAAAAUCAAAGCGACAAUGAUCAAUUUAAUUCAAAUGAACAAACAAAUGUAUUGCCAAAUAAUAAUAUACAUAAAAGAUAUCAUGAUUUAUUAAAUAACAACACUAAUAAUAAUAAUAAUAAUAAUACUGAUACCAAUACUAAUUUACAAACAUCCACUGAUAAAUCUAGUAAGACAAAGACAAAAUACACAUUGACACGUGGUAUACAUGUAUUUUAUUUUGAAUUUCAAUUACCUGCCGAUUUACCUGGUACAUUUGAAUUACCGACAAAUUGUUUAGCCGGUGGUGCAUCAGCAUCGAUCAGCUAUGCUGUACGCAUUGAACUAUGCAAUAAUCGUUUAAAAUUAAGACAUAUACAACAACGUGAAAUAAUUGUAUUCCGACCAUUGGAAUUGAUACAUUUUCCUAGAUUAAGAGAUCGAAUAACAUUACAUCGUGAAUUUGUAUCGCUAGGCUGUUGUUCACAUCCAAGUGGAUUAAUUCUAUGCGAUUUAGCUGUGAAUAAAACUGGAUUUGUUCCUGGUGAAACAAUUAUUCCUCAAGUUCAUAUCACAAAUCGAUCUAGUCGUGCUAUACAAACUGUACAUUUAACAUUUGCACAAACAGUUUUUUUAAAAGGUAUCCAUGCACAAAAUCAUAUUGAAGUGUUACGUAUAUUCGCAACUAAAUUGAAUGCACAAUCUACACUGUCAGAAUUUGAUUUAUUUGAACAAUUAGAUAUGAAUAGAAUUGGUAGUUUAUUUUCUCCAUCGAAUUCAUUUUCAUCAAAAAGUUCAACUAAUCGUUUUGAACGUUCCCAACACCAACAUCAACAGCAGCAACAGCAACGAAGUCGACGUAACAACAACAACAACAGUGUAAAUAAUAGAAAAGAGCCACAUGUUCAACCAUCAUUACAUUCAAAACAAAAACAACGAUAUCAUGACCAGCAGACGCAUGAACAACAACAACAACAGCAUCAUUCUUCAUCAUCGUCAAAUAGUGUAGCUGUACCAGGUCAAGGUGGAAAAGCUUAUUUCACCGAUUUGAUUCAUGUACCACCAUUGCCAACCAGUGGAUUGUUUGGUAGACAAAAUCUAAUCUAUUUAGAAUAUUCAUUAAUUUUACGACUUCGUAUGCAAGGUGAUAAAGACGGUAAACAUGAUCAUUGUAUGCAAAUUCCAAUUACAAUCGGAUCUGAUCCAACUAGAGAAACAUCAUUUAUUGGAAAUGAUGAAGUUGUACCUUGUUAUGCAUCAUUCAAUUUUGCUUCUGGUGACAUUAUAGAAUAUGAUCCAUUGAAUCAAUUCCAUGCUGUACAUUUAACUCCUGUUUAUAGAUAUUUUAAAUUAAAACCCACUGAUCAACAAUCCACAUUGAAUCCAUUGAAUAAUAAUAAUAAUAAUAAUAAUAAUAAUAAUAAUAAUAAUAAUAUGACCUUUUCUUCAAAUUCACCAUUGAACAGUGUGAACAGUUUGAAAUCAUUACCAUUGACAACAAAAUCUAGUCCGUCUAUAUUAAAACAAUCAUGUACUACUACUACUACUACUACCACUGCUGCUAUUGAUCAUCAUCAUUCAAUGUCCACUGCGAGUAUGCCUAAAGUGAAACAUCAAAAUUCGCUAAAAUCUACCAAAUCAUCAUCGUCAUCAUCAGGAUUGGUAUUACUAUUAUCCUCAUCAACAAAUCAUGAUCAUGAACUGAAACAACCGAAAAAAUUCACUAAAAAAUCAUCAUCAGUGACUGGAACAUCUAUACCUAAUAAUAAUAUUAUUCAAUUAGAUAAUAAUAAUAAUAAUAAUUCAUGUAAAAAAUUACAAAUUAAAAACUUAAAAAAACAUCAUUCCAACAAUAAUAAACCCAGCUCAUCACCAUUAUCACCAUCAUCACAGAAACCAAAUUCCACUGAACUCAUGACAAUGGGCAUCAAUGAAUCCCAACAAUUGCGUCUGUCUAGUCAACAAUUUUUCGAUGAUGGUAAUAUUACAACAACAUGGCAUAAUUUACCAGUGAACCAGUCACAACCAACUGAUCAAAAGAAAUAUACGAAACGAAAUAAAGCAUAUUAUCUACUACUUGAUCAUUCCUUAUCAUCUGCACCUGUACAUUUUGAACAAUAUGAUUGUUCUUCUAAUUCGUCUCCGUUACAUUUGGAAAAUUCCCGAUUAGAAUAUAAAUGUCAAUCACAAACAAACAUUCCAAUGUAUUCUUCAUUAGAUAAUGAGUUACUGGCAGAUCAAUUAGCAUCGUCUUCAUCCGCAUCCUCCUCUUCCUCCUCCUCAUCAACAUCAGGUGAUGAUGAUGAUGAUGAGGUUGAUGUUGGGGACGAUGUUGAAAAUUGUGAAAAUGUCAAAAUGACUAGUAAAUCAUUCAACCCUAGCUGUAGCUAUGAUUACAGUCAAAUUUGUUAUGUUGAGGAUGUUAAUGACGAUGAGGAUGACGCCGAUGCUGAUGAUGGUGAAGUGGAGGAGUUCGGUGAUGAUUAUGAACAGGAAGGUGACAAUGGCCAAGAGGACGAUGAUGAGGAUGGUGAUGGUGAAGAGGAUGACCAUAUUCCAACUGGAAGUAUUCAUCAACCUCUUGAAGAUAACAUAAACGAUGGAAUAAAUAAAUAUGCAAUAAAAACUAAUCAAUUUCAUGCCUAUCCAUAUGAUGCUUUAAGUUCUUAUUCAAAUAACUUAUUCAAACUUAAUAAUUUCUCAAUGAAACAAAAUGAAACUUUUGAACUAUCAUCAAAUGAUACACGUAAAAAUGAUGACCGUAGUAAUAGAGAUGAAAUGAAAAACCCGAAAGACAAUUAUCAAUUAGUGCAGGACGAUGAAAAAACACAGCAGUCAUAUGAUGCACCACAGUUAAAACAUGCUUUAACUGUUCUAUCACCAGAGGUAUCAACCAAUGAAACGGUGAAUACACUAAGCGAUAUAACAGAUUUAUAUCAUAAAGUUCAAAAAUUAUCUGAAACCAAUAAAUCUAUUAUGUCAAUGAGUUAUAAAUUCAAGCCAACUAACAAUUUAUAUAAUGCUUAUUGGAAUUGUCCAAAAGUUGCCCCAAUCAUUGGUCGUAAAUCGGAUUCGAAUGGAUAUUGGACAUAUGGUCAUGGAGCUAGCAAUGAGACGAAUAACGAUAAUGAUAGCAAUAAUAAUAAUAAUAAUCACGAUGAUGAUGAUGAUGACAGUGUCUCGUAAAACCUCCAAUCA